AUGGCCGCAAUUAGAAAAAAGCUUGUGAUUGUCGGUGAUGGAGCCUGUGGUAAGACUUGUUUGCUGAUUGUCUUCAGCAAGGAUCAGUUCCCAGACGUGUAUGUCCCGACCGUUUUCGAAAACUAUGUUGCGGAUAUCGAAGUGGAUGGGAAACAGGUUGAGCUAGCGUUGUGGGAUACUGCUGGUCAGGAGGAUUACGAUCGUUUGCGUCCGUUAUCAUAUCCAGACACCGAUGUCAUACUCAUGUGCUUCAGUAUCGAUUCACCUGAUUCACUGGAGAAUAUUCCCGAAAAAUGGACUCCUGAGGUCCGGCAUUUCUGUCCUAAUGUACCCAUUAUUCUUGUUGGUAACAAGAAAGAUUUGCGAAACGACCCUCAAACUGUGCGAGAAUUGGCUAAAAUGAAGCAGGAACCUGUUAGACCUGAACAGGGACGCGCGAUAGCCGAGCAGAUUGGAGCUUUUGCAUAUCUAGAGUGCUCAGCGAAGACUAAAGAUGGUAUUCGCGAGGUUUUCGAGAAGGCAACACAGGCAGCACUUCAGCAGAAAAAGAAAAAGAAGAGCAAGUGUGUCUUACUGUAG